GCUAUGGGAGACUAAAGAAUUUCUCAAACAUUUAUGAAAAAAACAAGGCAAAACUCCAGGUAUGUUUUUGAUGGGGUAAUAACAUAAAGCAUGAUGUAAAGAUCAAAAAAGUCAAUUUUACAUCAUACUUUAAAUAUGGAAAAAUGUUAAGUAAUUCCUUUUCACAAAACCACCUUUAGUACCUUGACAUAUUGUUUCACCUCCACUCCAAAUGCUUCGUACGACACAAGUUUGCCGGUAGAGCAGCACUGGUCUUCUCCUUACAUUCCUCUUGGCACAAUUUCUUUACAUGGUUCAGAUCUCGAUCAUCUUCAAUGCUCGUAUCCAUAGUUCUCUUCAGCUCUUGUCACAUAUCUGUUACCAGAUUUAGAGGGCUGAUAUCAAGGGAAAAUGUUUUUUUUUUUUCUUUUUGUGGACUUUCAAAGAGAACCACAGCACUCCAGAACUGUGAACUACCCAACGGUGGUCUUAAAAACUCACCCACAUAUUUUUUAAAAAAUUCAGGGUUGUUUUUUUCCUCUCUACCUCUGAAAAAAAUUGAUUUAAUUAAAGGUUUGAUUUUUCAAUAUCUUCUAGAGUGAAGUUAUGCAACCAUAGUUGCCAUAACCUCAGUAAUUAGUCAUAAUAAAUUAAUUUUUAGCUUCUGUAAUUAUUGCAUUUAAAAUUGAGUUUAUAUUGAGCUGAUACUCCAACCUGCGACAAAACAUUUCUGGUUUAAACCAGCGUGUCACCAGUCAGACCAGCUGUCAAACCUUUGCGUCAUCAAGCAGGUGAGUUGGGUGUUAAAAACACGCCCACCGGCAGCCAGACGGUUGCUAUUUUGUUCAGGCGUGUUCUGCACACUGUGUUCAUUUUGUUUGUUUUUCUUUUUCUUCCUUUUUUUUUCUGGAGAGGCAGUGCAACAGUCUCAGAAAAAUCAGUUAACACCGUCCCAUCAGGUUCUUAUGCCCGGGCAUCUGAUUUUAUCUGUUCGCCUGCUUUCAGUUCUAAGUCGCAACAAGUAAUGGCACAAGAAGAGAACUCUACUUUAAUAAGACACAUUCUGUUUAUUACCUGGAACAUGAUUGUUUGCUUCAAUUUGUUAUCGGUCAUAAACUCCUGAAAGGAUCCGGUGUUAACUUCAGAUUUUGGGAUGACUGAAAGCUUUGGAUUGAUUUUUGCUUUUUAAAGACUGCAUUGAUCCUUUACCGUUUUGAACAUGGCAGGAGGAUCAGCAGCUGACUUGGCACCUACAGCUGCUGUCAAGAUUUUUUCAGCUGGAAUAGCUGGCUGCGUGGCUGACCUGGUCACCUUCCCGUUGGACACCGCCAAAGUACGACUGCAGGUCCAAGGAGAAUCGAAGGACCUCCCUAAAGGCCAGAAGGCGACGUACAGAGGUGUAUUUGGCACCAUCAUCACCAUUGUGAGGGCCGAGGGGCCGAGGAAUCUGUACAAUGGGCUCCUGGCGGGGCUGCACCGUCAGAUGUGCUUUGCCUCCGUCCGGAUUGGUCUGUACGACACCAUGAAGCUGCUUUACGCCCACGGAGCAGAGAAUCCUGGACUCGGGACCCGACUGCUGGCAGGCUCCACCACCGGAGCGAUGACGGUGGCUUUUGCUCAGCCCACCGAUGUUGUAAAGGUCAGAUUCCAGGCGCAGGCCCACCAGCCAGAGAACGGCUCUGUCAAGAGGUACAGCAGCACCACCGAUGCCUACAGGACCAUCGCCAGGGUGGAGGGCCUCAGAGGGCUCUGGAAAGGCUGUCUGCUGAACAUAGCUCGUAAUGCCAUUGUGAACUGCUCCGAGCUGGUGACUUAUGACAUUAUUAAAGAGCAGAUCCUGAAGAACAAACUGAUGACAGACAACAUGCCGUGUCACUUCACUGCCGCGUUCGCCGCAGGUUUCUGCACCACCGUGGUGGCCUCUCCGGUGGACGUGGUGAAAACCCGCUUCAUGAACUCCGUGCCCGGGCAGUAUGGCGGCGGCACCAACUGCGCUCUGACCAUGCUGUUUAAAGAGGGGCCCUCGGCUUUUUACAAGGGCUUCAUGCCGUCGUUCCUUCGCCUGGGGUCCUGGAACAUAGUGAUGUUUGUCAGCUAUGAGCAGAUUCAGAGGGCCGUGGUAAGACUUCAGCGGUCCUGGGAGUCUCGCUUCAGAACAGUUUGACUGAACGAAGCUGUGCAGCUGGAUCUGCAGCAGCGCUGAGAGUGAACGGCCAAUCUGAACCUUGUACCUCACCAGAGUGGGCAAGCUGCAGGUUUGAUUGAUGAUUACUAUUUUAGGUAAUAAUCGGAAACAGUCGUUUGUUUUUCAACUGAGAUUUAUCAUUUUGGAGAAACUCUGACUCUAAGAAACUUAUUCUCAUUUUGGUCCCAAAUCAAGACCAUGAAUGUCCUCACGGCCGGUUGUGCCAGAAUGUAUUGAUAAAACCCAUUUACAAACUUUUCAAAUAUCAAUAAAUGUCAGUGUCAAUAUGUGUCUUAAAGUUAAAUAAUGAUUUUUUUUUUUUCAUGUUGAUCUCCCUCGGUAGGAUUUCAUAAUUAGGCCCGAGCAGCUAAGCGCUGCGAAGGCCUAUUGUCAUUGUUUUUGUAAUUUUUCGCCAUCAAAUUCACAGAUUUGAUGGUGCUGCUUUAGAAAUAUUUGUAAAUAAUUUAGUAAUAUUGGUGCUUAUGUAUGACUUCAAAUGUGACUCUUCAUUACUUGCCAUAUCGAUUAUGAACUGUCACUUGACAUCAAGUAAGGCUGAGGCAACUGUGUCAUAAAAGUAAGAAAUGCUGCCACCUUCAGGUAGCAGUGGCUUCAAUCCAAUGUUUUUGACUAUUUUUGUAGAAAAUUUGCAAUAAAACUCAGAGUUUUCCUUUAGCCCAAAAAAAUGUGGUGAUCUGUUGAUUGGACAUGGAUUUCUGUGAUCACUGAAUUAUGAAAAACUGGAAGAAAUGAUUGAUGUUCUUUGGAAUCUAACGUCUGGACGGCCAAAUAAUAAUCUUAGUAAAAAAGAAUAAAGAAUUGAGUAUCUUAAGCCGGAAUUUUAAAAUAUUAAAGUAAGCAUGUUAGCCCAGUUAAAAUCUUUCUGAAUCAUUUUUUUCUGAUUCUAAAAUGACACAGACAUGGAAUAUUUCAGAGUAUAUUUACUUCUUCAAGCUGAACAGGAUAACAACGGGUUCUGAUGUUAAGUGCAUUUUUCACAUUUUGUACCUCAGACCUCAUGAAGAAUUCAGCAAGAGGAAGUUCUUUUAAAAAAACUAAAUUGUACAUUAUGUACAUAAGAAAAAGAAGUUUAAAAUUGCAAUUUGCUGCUUGAUGUUGAUCCUUUUUUUGCUAAAGAAACUGUUUCAAACUGUUUUUGAAAAUGCAAAAAUAAACAAGACUAAAGAUAUGUGUUGGUCG